AAGUCAAAUGAACAGGUUACCUGUUACAGGUAAGACUAGUUGUUGAUGUGUUUCUAUUGAAUAGUUCAAUGUUUUUAUGAUCAAAAAUCAUCACUGUCAUCAUCAUUUCCAUCAUCUCCCCACUAUCAUCAUCAUUACCGUCACUUAGUUAUUUUUUUAUUCCAUUUUAAUAUCUCUCCAUUUCUCCCUCUCUCUUCAUUACCUGAUAGGUUUUACAUAGAGAGAGUUGAUUUUUCUAUUUUGUGUUUUAUUUAAUUUCUUUUUUAUUUCUUUUUGUUCUUAUCCUUAAUAUCCUUCUUAUUGUUGUUCACCUUUCUCUGUUCUUCAUAUUAAUCCUCCUUUUCUUAGGAAAAGAAGAGAAUUUUCAAAUUCCAUGUAAAAAUGAAAUGGACAACGCUCUCUUCUUUGGUGUUGUUAAUUCCAGUGCUUUUAGUUUUAGUUGUUUUAAAAGAAGCCACAUUCAACCAACGCUCAGAUAAUGAUGAAGUUGGCGUUUACUUGGCCAACAAAAAAACAAUCGAUGAUUUAGCUAAUUUAAUUGAUCCUUCUCAAUCUUGUAAAUGUGACUGUGAUAAAGAAACUGCUUCCAUGGUUGAAGCUGCAGCGGCUGCUGCUGGUGUGGACUCGCCAUUUUCUCGUACCAACAUAAUAACCACUCUUCCUCCAGGGGAAGAUGUUCCUUCUGAAACAGAGGCUGCAACCUCUAGUUCAACUAAAUAUGAUGAAGUCAAACUUAUUCCAACCAUUUAUGUGAUAACCCCAACUUAUACUAGACCCACUCAGAUGGCCGAUAUGACCCGUCUCGCUCAAACCUUAAUGUUGGUUAAAAAUGUUUUCUGGAUCGUUGCAGAAGAUUCUCAUUUACUUAAUCCACAAGUCGCUGAUCUGCUUAAUAGAACCAAUAUUCCAUACAUUCAAUUACUCGGACCUCGACCUAAAACUCAUCUAGAUAAACGAAGUGGUCGAGGUGUUUCAAAUCGUCUUGUAGCCCUUGACUGGUUACGGACAACUUUCGCCAAUGAUACAAAUACACCGGGUGUAAUUUACUUUGCCGAUGAUGAUAACGCUUAUGAUAUACAAGUUUUCGAGGAGAUGAGAGAUACCAAAAAAGUAUCCGUUUGGCCUGUUGGUCUUAUUGCCAAGAUUGGAUUAUCAACACCAAUUUUAGAUUUAAAAACAAACAAAGUAAUAGGUUUUCAUGAUCCCUUUAUGGGCCGUCGAAAGUUUGCCGUUGAUAUGGCCGGAUUUGCCGUUAAUUUAUCGCUAUUCCUCUCAAAGCCCAAAGCCAUCAUGCCUUAUAAAGUUGGUUAUGAGGAAGACUAUUUCAUCCGGAGUCUUGGGGUUACAAUUGAUGAUUUAGAGCCGAAGGCCAAUAACUGUACACAGAUUUUGGUUUGGCAUUCAAAAACACAGCCAGGAAAAGAUCCUGAUUUCAUCAAUCUGAAAAAAGAGAUUUCCAACUCAAGCAAUCUAGUUCAAUUGUAUAACAAUGUCCUUCGACAAUGACAAAAUUUACGCAAGGGAGAUGUACUUUUUUAUGUAUUGGUGCCAAUUAUUAUUUAUUUUCAAGUGUCCUUGAACAAAUAAACAAAGAAGGAAAAUCUAACAUUAA